GUGUUGUCGGCGGCGUUUUUCUGCUAAAGAAGUGAAAUCAGUUUAAUGAUUUAAAUGUAUUUAUUCAUAAAUUAGAUUAAAAUCCUCUCGGGACAUUCAUCCCUCCUCACGCUGCUGCCAGGCCGCUCCACUCGCAGAGAUGUCUUCUGAAGAGCCGCUCUGUGAGCUCCUGCUGAGGGGGGAGGAGGAGGGAGAGAGCAGGAGGGAGGUGGGCUGCCAGUGGGAGAAUCCAGAGGAGGAGACGAGGAAGGAGGAGACGAGGGAGGUCGGCUGUCAGAGCGACUCAGCAGAACGGAGAGACGCUGCUGUCCAGGUGGACCUGCUGACUCAGCAGCUGGGCUGGAAACACACAGGUUCCUCUGAGGUGCUGCUGCAGUGUUUCGCAGUGAGGUCUGAUGGUCCUGACGGGGGGGCUCUGCUGCAGCACUGCACCAACCGGACUAGAACCAGGACCAUCAAACCCCCCCGCAGGAGGAGCCCCCCGCCCCUGAAGAGGAGGGCUGCCCCCCAGAGGAGGACCCCCAAACAGAGUCCGGUACAACGCCGCCGCCGCCAGGGGGUCGGCUGUUACUGAGCCCCCCCAGGAGGAGGAGGAGGAAGAGUCGGAUGUGGUGCAGGAAGACUCGGGUGACCCCAUCUGGACUCCACCUGGGGGGGAUGGCUCUCCCUCAGCUCUUGAGGCGGUGCAGCUGGACUCCAACUCCCAGCAUGCUCCUCUGCCCCAGGUGAAGCUGGAGCCAGGCAGUACCAUGUGUGAGGUGUGCGGUAAAGUGAUGAAGAACAAGGCGAGCCUGGCACGUCACUCCUUCAUCCACACCGGACAGAAACCAUUCGCCUGCCACCUCUGCGAGCUGCGCUUCAACCGCCGGGAUAACCUGCAGCACCACCUGACCCGCCUGCAUCCCGAUGGCGUGCUGCGGCGGCAGCGUCAUCGCCCGGCCCCCGCCUGGCUCUGCGCCGCCUGCGGGAAGACCUUCAGCUGCCGCUCCCGCCUGAAGACGCACGAAGUCAUCCAUUCAGGGGUGAAGCCGUUCAGAUGCGACCGCUGCCCCAAAGCCUACAUGAGGACCAACGACCUGGAGCACCACAAGAAGAUUGUGCACGUAGAUGGCGGCGCUGAGCCCCCCCCACCCAGCUCGUUGCUCUGUGACUUCUGCGGCAAAGAGUUCCAGUGCCGCUCGCAGCUCGCCGUGCAUUUUCAGGUUCACACGGGCGAGCGGCCGCACCUCUGCGACAUCUGCGGCCGCAAGUUCGGCCGGCAGUACCAGCUCAAUCGCCACAAGAUCCUGGUGCACAACAACCGGGCCAAUGGGGACCCGCCACCCGACUCGCCGUUCCCCUGCAGCAUCUGCGGGAAGCGCCUGAAGUCGGAGGCACUGCUCGCCGCUCACUGCCGCAUCCACUCGGACGAGCGGCCACACCGCUGCAGCCUCUGUCUGCGCAGCUUCCACCACGCCGCCUCCCUGAAGCAGCAUCAUGCCCGGGUUCACCUGCGGCUCAGAGCCAAUGGUGCACAGCACACUGGCCGCAGGAAGGGCGUCAUGCCGGCCAAGGCGUUCCCGUGCACGAUCUGCGGGAAAGUGUUCAAGUUCCGCUCGUUGCUGUCCAGCCACUCUCUGAUCCACAGCGAGCAGCGGCCGUACGGCUGCGACUUCUGCAGCCGCAGCUUCCGGCGCCUCAGCCACCUGAAGCGGCACCGUGAGGUCGUCCAUGCCAACGGGGCGCGGGCGCCGCAGUCCUUCGUCUGCCACAUCUGCGGCAAAGACAAGAAAUGCCGCUCACAGCUGCAGCGACACGUCAUCAUCCACACCGGGGAGCGGCCGUACGGCUGCGACCUCUGCAGCGCACGGUUCAACCGCAGCGGGAACCUGCAGCAGCACCGGAAGCGCAUGCAUGGUGUGGGGGGGGUAACCGCUGAGGAGGCACUGCCCAUCCUGUUUGACGACGACAUGAUGCCAGCCGUCACGUACAAACAGGAAGAGACCGUGGUGGCUGUCGACGCCACAGGCUGCGAGGUGAUCGAGGAGACGGACGCCGUGCAGCAGAUCGGUCCCUGAACACGUCUGCACUGAGCCGGACCCCCACCCCCCACGCUGCACUGCUUUAAAGCUUUGACUUUUCAUUGAUGAACCUGAGACUGACGCAUGUGGUUGUCCUGCCCGAGGAGAACAUUUGCAGCUGGACAGACAUUAGCUGAAUGCUAGCAGUCCUGCACUCAGAGACGCACGUUAGAAAAAGUGUUGUAGUUUGUCUUAAAGAUGAACUCUUUAAUGAACACUGAAUAAAAGACUUAUCGAACGUU